GCAUCGCCCCCCGAGGCCCCGUCCCGCCCCGCCGCGGGGGUCAGCCCGGGGGGCCCCCGCCCGGCCGGCCGCCGCCGCGCCCCUCGGGGAAAGCGCGCUCCCCGCUUUACGGCUGCUGAAAACCUCCCUCGGCGGGCGCGGGGCGGCCGUACGGCGCCGGGGGCGGCCGGGGCGGGCAGAUCUUGCUCAUCAGAGAGAACUUCAUGUCUGCUUUCAAAUGAGGAAGAACAGAAUCAGUGCAAAAAAAAGAAUUAACCUAGCGGCCAGAUUGAGAAUAUGCCUUCGUGAAAAAGUCUCUGCCAAACUGAUCCCGUCUCGGCUUUAAGAUAAAAAGAUGGCCUAUCACAAAGUGAAUGCAGACCAGAGAGCGCAGGGGCACUCUCCGUACCUCGACAGUGACGAGCUCCAAGCCACGGCGCUGGAACUGGAAUGGGACAUGGAAAAGGAGCUGGAGGAGCCCGGCUUUGACCAUUUCCGACUGGAUGGUGCGGUCCAGCAUCAGCUGGGGAACUUGCAGAGCCCUGACCUUGAUCUCCAACCCAUCCAGCCAUCGUCUUCUCCAAAGGGAAGAUUCCAGCGGCUUCAGGAAGACCCCGACUACAUCUCACACUAUACGAGACAGGCACCAAAGAGCAACCGCUGCAGUUUUUUUCAGAUACUGAAAGUAUUUUGCACUGCUUUGAUCUUAUUUAUUUUUGGAGUUGUGAUAGGAUAUUAUGCACGCAAGAAGUGCCCCUCUCCCCCAACGUCUCAAGAACCAAAUAACCUUCAUAUCUACCGUGAAAUUCUCAAGGAAAUCAAAGCUGAAAAUAUGCAACGGAUGUACAGAGAUUUGUUACAGUUCCCUAGAGAAGAUGAUGUAGACAUUGCAAUGAAAAUCCUGGUUCACUGGAGCUCCCAAGGCCUUGAAGAUGUCCACCUGGUAAAUUACUCUGUUUUGCUUGACCUACCGGGCUCUUCUGCAAACACAGUAACUCUGAAAACCAGCGGCGAAUGCUUUUAUCCUAGUGGACAACAGUGCAACAGAGAGACCAAAAUGCUUCAUAGCCAAGACUUCGUGUACUCGUAUGCAGCUUACUCUGCCAAAGGAACUCUGGAGGCAGAACUUGUUGACGUACAGUAUGGGACUGUGGAAGACUUGAUCCGGAUUCAAGCCAUUACAAACGUGACCAAAAAAAUUGCACUUCUGAAGCUAGGACAAUCACCUUUGCUCUAUAAGCUUUCUCUGUUAGAAGAUGCAGGGUUUGGCGGUGUCCUUCUUUACGUUGAUCCUUGUGACUUACCAAAGACUACAGACCUUGCUGAUAAAGCUUUUAUGGUUUCCUUGAACAGCGGAGGAGAUCCGUCAACACCUGGUUAUGCCAGUAUUGAUGGAAGCUACAGACACAAUCUCCUGAAUCUCACAACGCUGUUAGUACAACCAAUUUCUGCAGUGCUUGCCAAAACACUCAUUUCCUUACCUGAGGACACUGUCCAAAAGGAUAGGUGUAUUCCCCUCCAAAUGCCAGCUACAGGCAAAAAAAUAAUCAGUCUGAAUAUUCAGUCAGUCACAACAUACAAGACAAUUUCUAAUGUUAUUGGGUAUUUGAAAGGAACUGUUUUUCCUGACAGAUACGUCGUCAUUGGUAGUCAUCACGACAGUUUGAAUACUUAUGGUGGGCAAGAGUGGGCCAGUAGCACUGCUAUCAUCACAGCGUUUAUACAAGCCUUGAUGUUGAAGGUUAAGAGAGGCUGGAGACCUGACCGGACCAUUGUGUUCUGCUCCUGGGGAGGAACAUCAUUUGGGAACAUUGGUUCAUAUGAAUGGGCAGAGGAUCUCAAGAGAGUUCUUCAACAAAACGUCGUGGCUUACGUUAGCCUCCAUAAUCCAGUCAGAGGCAACUCAACUUUGCACCCUGUCGCAUCCCCUUCUCUUCAGCAACUGGCAGCAGAGAGCCAGAGCUUCAACUGUGUGGAGAAGACUAAAUGCCCAGGAUCUAAUGUGAGUUCUGUGCAGAUACAGGGAGAUUCAGAUUAUUUCAUCAACCAUCUUGGAGUACCUGCCACGCAGUUUUCUUAUGAGGACAUCAAAACAUCAGAGAAUUCUAGCUUUCUCUCCGAAGCUCUUUUUCCUGUACCCGCAACAAAAACUGAAGAGCUGGAUCCCUCCUUCAGCCUGCACGAGACCAUUGCAAAGCUAACAGGACAAGUGACUUUGCAAAUUGCCAAUGAACCAGUUUUGCCGUUUAAUGCCCUCGACAUCGCGUUAGAAGUUCAGAACAGUCUUAAAGGUGAUGAAGCAGGCAUUCCUCAGCUGCUUGCAGUGGCGUCACGUCUGAGGGACACCGCAGAGUUGUUCCAGUCGGAUGAGAUGCGCCCAGCUAAUGACCCCAAGGAGCGAGCUCCCAUCAGAGUCAGGAUGCUCAAUGAUGUGCUACAGAGCUUGGAGAAAAGCUUCCUGGUUCAUCAAGCUCCUCCAGGACUUUACAGAAAUAUUCUUUACAGGCUAGAUGAAAGGACCAGCCAGUUUUCAGUACUGCUCGAGGCACUGGAGCACUGCAAACUACAUCAGUCAAAUGAGACCAUUCGAGCGGCCUUGUCAGAGGUGCUGAACAGCAUCAAUUCAGCUCAGGUUUACUUCAAAGCAGGACUUGAUGUGUUUGAGACUACCUUAGCUGGAAAGAAAUGAGAGGAUUCUCUGCAUUCUAAGACGUUUGUUUACAACUCGCGAAACAAAAGUUCGGCUUGGACCAGAAUUUCUCUGAGGAUGAAACCUUUCUCAACUUUUCUUUCAGUUGGCUCUUAAAGGUACUGCAAUGCGUGUUUUUAUAAAUAUAAAACAGUCUUUUGCACUGUUCACAGUAUGUCUCAAAUGUCUGUUUCUGAAUGUAUAAAACAUAAUGAGAGGUAAUAACGCUUAAGAUAGGAUUUUUAGAAGGACAUCUGCUGUAUUUUUAUGUGUAAAGUAUAUUUUUCUGACUAAGCUCAAUCUUGCAAAGUACCGAGCGCAUCCUGCAAUAUGCCGAAGACCUGGUUCUGAGACACCCCAGGUGUGUACCCAGGUGAGCUUUCCAUGCCUACUCUGACAGAAAAAUGUGACGGAAGUAUGCUCUUGUGUUUCUUAACUUCCUCAGCAAGCUCAUCCGCUUCCUUACUCCUUUCAGAGUAAGUAGCUGAAGGAUGUGGCGCUUCCUUGGGUAUCCAGCGCCAGAGUCAAUCGGGAAAUGCACAAAGCACUCUUACCAGUGCAAUCCAACAUCUCUACUCCUGUGGAACAAUAAAUACCUCAAUUCUGAGAAUACAGAUAAACUUUGAUUAUCCCAUUUCUGUAUAAAAAAAGAGUUGUUUUCUCUAGUAAGUCUUGAAAUCAUCGCAAAAAAAAUUUGUCUCCAAAUUAUUUGAAAAGUUUGAAUCAAUAGUGACACUUUUACAAAAAUACUUUAUGUUAAAUAAAAGAACUGCCUAGUCUUUUAAGGCAACGGGCCUUAUAAGCUUAUACAUUACCCAAACUGUCUGCCUCAAGGUCACCCUAAAUUUCCAGAUAGCAGUAAAUGGAUACAAGACCUCAGAGUUCUGGGAGCGUUUUUGGAAUUCCACCACUCGACCACACCUCCCGCUCUUCUGGGCCGGAUCGUUCCCCCAGUAGUGCCUGGCAUAGAGGACCUGGACUGUUGUCAAAAAAGCACAAGGGAAACCUAAAUUAAUUCCCUCCUGCAGAACCAGGAAUUUGCCUCUGAAGGCACAAGCUGAUGAGGCGUAUUGCAGGGCUAAGGCUCAGAUCUGGUUUGCGUUGGUGGAAGCCCUGUACAAAGGCUGUAAUCACACCAUUACCUUGUUGGCCUGAAGUAAUCUGUGAAUGAAAGGAUGCGGACGUUCGGUGUCCUAGCCUCCGAGGGGGUAAUAUACACGCUUGAGAACUGCAGGUCUUAAUAAUAUAAACGGUUGAAAUUGUUAAGCCCUGUUGGGUUUGCAGUUUUACAAUCCCAGAUGAUUCUGGGGUUAGAGCUUAAAAAAUUAAUUUUAUAUAGAUACUUAGAAUUGAAAUAUAAUUUAUUUGAUGGAAACGUUAAAUGUAUUGUUACCCAGUUUGCCAUGGAAACAUUACAGAAACGUUUCAGGUUGCAGUAAAAAUGGACAAAGUAUCUGCAUUCAUGUAAAGAAAUUGCCUUCUGGAAAACUUCAAAGUGCGUAAUUUGGUGAAAGACUUUUUAAAGCGCGUGUUCAGAUAGCAAGAAAUGAGAGUUGUGUACACAUCUGGGUUUCUGUUUCCAAAAGUCCUUGGCGAACGGGCCGCUAUCAGCAGUGACCCGGGACUAGGUACAGGUAGCUAUGUUCUUGCUACAUUUCAUUGCAAGUCAUCAUCAUAACACGGGCAAAAGCAUCCCGAGUCCGACCAGAGGCGGGGCUGCGCAGUUGUACAGCUACGGCUGAAAUGGGAAUACGUUCGACAUCAGCGUGACUGCACGAACUGAGACGUGGUUAUUUCCUAUCUUUCCCCGGCAUCUGGUAAGCACGAGAGUAACCGUGUACUUUUGCUAAUGCUGGUACCAAUUCUGUUUGCUGCAGCGAGAAUUUGACUUCUGAAGAGUGAUAUUUUUCCGGAUGCUGCAGUGUUUGUUCAUCCCCUUGUUUCUGUGGUCUUUCUUAUUGUAAUACGUAAAUGGUCAGAAUAGCCACAUUUGAGUUGUGUGUUUAUUUUGUGAUGGUAUUUGAGGAUGGACUGGGCACACUACAUUUGAUUUGUAUUAUUUAAUGGGGACCACUCCUUUAACAGUUUGUUUAGUAACAUAUUUUCCUUAGAAUGCCGACUCGCCGUGGAGCCGACAUCUGUGCUCUGAAACAAGAUAGGGUCAAGUGCCAUUAAGAGAUCAAAAAUACAGAUUAACCCUUCCUUUAACUCUGCCAGGUGAAUUUAAUAACUGCUUCCUCAGUUUUCUUAUGUAAGUUCCACCAAAACCACCUCUGAUGUAACCAAAGUGUACUCAUGCAAAAUUGGUGAAAUCUGUUGGGAAGAGUAUCCCUCACAUAUGAUUUCUCAACCAUGUAAUUCCUCACAAAAACAUUUAUCUUGUUUUCUCACUAACGUCCUUCUGUAACCACUUUUGAAAUAGCAGACUUCAGAGUACUCCACCAUAAAAAGCACUGCUUCUAUAAAUGCCUGUCUAUUCUAAAGAUAAUGAUAUAUUCUUGUUGGUGAGAUGAAUCAGAUGAUCUAUUUAGGGACUUAAAUGCAUUGAUUUCAAUGUCACCUCACACUUCUAGAUCUCUAGGCUUUUAUUUCAAAUGUUCAGAUCUUACGUGUGAGUGUUCAGUGAUAAUAUUUGUACCAUUAUAGCUUCGGAAAAGACACUUUUGAGCCAUAUCCUUCCAUUGAUUUUUAAAUCCUACCUAUUGACUUCAAAGAAUUUAUAGCAAGUUAAGGUCCUAAAUAACCAGUGUGUUUCUAACACAGAAUUUUUGCCCAGCCAGCUGUGGAACAUCAGCUAAAGGAAGGUGUUAGUAAAUCACGGUAGCUUACCCAGAUUGAAUACAUUCCAGUAUUGUGUUGAAAUAAACAGAGCGCCCUUAAAGGCAGAGUGUGUUUGCAGAUUGCCUGAAUGAUACUAAAAAAUUGUUACCUUUAGAGAAGCAUCAACUGCCAGAAACAGUAUAACAGAUGCAUUGAUGGCCAAGUAAUCUAGAGUCAUGCUCACAGUGGCCAGCAAGUCCCUGCAGCUUGCAAUAUUUGUAUGUCGAGACAGUUUAUAGUAAAAAGCUAAUAGGAUUUUAUUAGCGCAUAUUUUAAAGAGUCCAUAAAGAAGCUAAAGUGCAAUCAACUCAGAUGAAAAAUAAGUACACAGGAGCUGGAUUUUGAAUACUAACCUUAAAAAAAGGCAGUGAAUUGCUUUUAUCAUCCACGAAAAACAAGGCUAUUUUGAUAUACGAUAUCUGUGCGAAUACGCAAACACACAAAUACGCAAAUGCCUUAUCUUCAAAACAUUGUAUGAAUACCAAUUUACUUGCAGUGAUAUGACACGUCUACGUGAACAUAGAUGUAAAUAAUAACUAUGUGAGAAAAUUAGGAAACACUUUGCACUGCUUCACUUGCUUUUUAGGAAAGUAUUUCAGUCUAGAGGUAUAAAGGAAGGCACUUCAGCUGAGCUCAGUUUUUCCGGCAGUAGGUGGGGAAAGGUUAAAUCUCUCAGGCAUCACAGAAGGGACCUCUGGAGGUCACCCAGUCCAACCUCCCCGCUCAAGCAGGGUCACCUGGAGCCAGUUGCCCAGGAGGGGCCAUGUCCAGAUACUUCUUAAUAUCUUCAGAGGGUGGAUAUUCCACAACCUCUCUGGGCAACCUGUACCAGUGCUUGGUCACCCUCACAGAGGAAAAGUGUUUCCUCCUUGUGUAGAUAAUGGUUUCUCCAAGUCUCUCCCUUUGUUUCUUAGUCGUUAAAUUAUUGUAAUUGGUUUAGCUGCAAACAUUCAAAAGAGAACCAUCGUUUCAUUCAGUGGAAACUCUUGGCCAAGCUCUCUAGGAUUUUACAGUUAAUAUGGUGGAAAGUUUGUAUAAGGAGAUUGGUCCUUCACGCGUUGGCGUUUAUUUUUAAGUUGUAGAGGCUAACGUCUUUAUCUUUGGAGGUCUUUCUGUACGGUCCCAGGUUCCCAGUCACAGGAUUUCUAUCUCCAUUAAGAGAGAGACUGAGAACAAGAGAUGCAUUCGAAAAUGCAGGGAGCAAAAAUACCCAUCAGCAUACGCGUAGCUACGUGCUGUGAAUGUAUCUGUUUUAACCAAACUUUGGGAGCCCACUCCAUGGCUUGUGCUGUGCAAGGCAAGAUAAUUUUAUGGGUCAUUCUGGCUUUAAAAGCUAUUAAAUACUCUGAACGUAGUUAUGUCUGAGCCUGUGUUCUCAAGGGAGUGGUUAAGAGUUUCCUCAGAAGCCUUGUGUUGCAAGCUGUUAUCUGUGUUACUCGGGAAUGGGUACCUCUGGCAUUCAUCACGGUUGCUAUCUCAGGAAACAAACAUAGUGUGGAAGAUGUUCUUUCCCUUUAGCACUCUAUAACAUUUUAGCAGUAUUCUGCCCGUCACAGAAGGGUGAGUGAUAGGAGACAAAUCUCAUUUUAAGAUGCCUGAGACCUGAAUUUUGAAAACAGUUAGCCUUAUACAGCACUGUAAUAGUUUAAAACAUAGUAAGGUGUCAUCUGUUGGAGCUCUGAAUCUACAGAACUUGGGAUAGAGACCCCAGUAUGGCAAGUAAAUCUCUCAGAAAUACAGAAUACACAAGUUACUGUCUAUUAAUGGUUAUAUUAAUGCUACAAGUUACUUGCCUACCAAUGCAGGGAUAGGAUUUCAUCACCCCACAUAGUUUUUGGUCGCUUUAAUUAUCAGGCUGUCUUUUCUCCCUCUGCCUCCAUCUUCUCCUGACCCCCUGCAUUCCCUGCAUUCAGCUUCUCUCACAUCCUCAAUGCCGUGUGAUGACUUUCCCCAUUCCUCACCACCUUUUUCUUGGUCAUCCCCACUGGUUUUCUGUCUCUCUUCUGGUUCCUUAUCACUUCUUAGUCAUCCCAUUAACUUACCAACCAUCCCUUCUUCGCCUCCCCUGUAAUUCACCAACCACCACGUUAAUCUCCCUCUUUUCUCCCUCUGACCUCAGCCACGCCCGUUGUUCCCCAUCCAGUUUCAGUUUCCUUGCCCUCUGCGUUCGAAUCUGUGCAGCUGCUUUGCCCGUUCUGCGUGGGCAUGGCGGAAAGUUACAGAGAGAUAGAUCAUCUCGCCUCCCUUAAGUUGAGGUCCUUAUUGCUGGUACAGCUGACCAUAAUAAAGAGCUGAAAGUGAUGGAGAAGUCCUGCUCAGAUCCAAAUGGAUGAAAUAGAAGGACACAUCACAUCUUUAAUUCAAAGUAGUUGAUUCUGAGUAUGUGCAAACAGCAGUUUUUCAAUUAUGAACUGAUGGAAUGGAAGCAGAUUUUUCUUGGGGCCUGCAAAGUAUGUUUUCUUAUCUCCUUUCUCUCUGAUGUCUGGACCAGGAAAUUCCCUCAAAAACGUCAGUGUAGGCAGGUGAUAAUCUUGAAAGUAUUGAAAUAAAAUUUUUGAAGUUGGGUGAAUAAGAAAUGAUAGACAAACUUAAUCAGACUUGGUGCUACCUACUACCUGCCUACGAAAUAAAAUCAGCAGUUUGUAAGCACAUAACGUUUUCUGCCCUGGUGCGUGCCAUCCAGUACCCUUCGGUACGUGGUGGCUACAUGCGAAGGUUAUGGGUGUAAAUACCUGAGUAGGAAAAGGUGGCAGAGCAGAAGCAAAACUUCGUUACUGAAUUGCAGCAUUCUAAAUGAUUACGGAUGAUAAGGACUCAAGCCAUAUGCACAAAUCUCUACUUGAACAUGCACACUUGAACCUAGGAAGUGCCUAAGAAUAAUGAAUAGUCAGCUAGGAAGCAGAGGAUUUAAGGAUAUCUAAAGCAGACGGUAUGCUUACUGAAACUAUGAUACUAUCAAGCCUAACUUUUUUUUUUCACCCUCAUUUUAAUCCCGUUGCCCCUCAUUAUUUCUACUGUUGCACAUACACACUCGUCGUAACUGGAGAAUAGGCACGCCCGCAGGCUUAGAUUUACUGAAGGAUUACGUCCCCCCCUCAGUCUUACUGACUUGGUUUGUUUUUUUCAGCAGGAUUCACUUUACCGUGACUGCUUCUCUGGGUGCUAUUCCACAUGAGUGAGGUCAGCAGAGUUUGGCCACUGUUUAUGGAAUUUCCCAAAAGAUUUGGUAUUGGAAUAUUGUUUAUUUGUGUUUAGGCUAUUCUGUUUAAUCUCUCAACAUAGAUUAUUACAAGCAAGAGUAUAUUUUUCAAAAAAUGGGUGGGAGUCUCUUGGUCAAUGCUAAGUAAAGCCACUUGCCCACCCAGGGCAGAAUAUAAAUCUGUAUGUUCAAGUGAUGUACUAUAAUCUAGUAUUAACUGAGUAGUUACUAUAAAUGUUGGCAUGGAUUAAUGCACACAUUCUCAUAUGAGCUUCACAGAUUGGAAUUAAUACAAGGGCUUAAUUUAAGAAAUGUGAUCAGAAUAUAAGCGUGGGACAACUGUUUUUGCUGUGUAAAUGUAGUCUACGCUUACUCGUCUGCCUAAUCCGUUUGGUUAAAAAAGAUUAAGGUUUUGUUUAAGCUACUUUUCUCUGAUUUAUUUUCCAAUAAGUCUUUGAAAAUGAAGUCUUGCUCUUUGUUUUCUUUUAAAUGUGUGCUGCCUUUAGUGUUUUUCAAAAGCUUAUGGUGUGUUAAGACAGUGUAACGUCUUCUUGUCUGAUCUUUCCCGGAUUAUUUGAUAGAAUUAAAAAUGGUAUUUCAAAGCAUGGUCUUUGGAAGAAGGUCUUGACUGACCAGUUAACGUGUGUGGUAUGAUACGCUUGGGUGGCUGCCUUUACCGUGCAGCGGUACAGGUAUGCACUACAAUGCCUUGAGGAAGUAAUUUAAGACAACAAAUAUUUUUUUAGUAGUAUUGCAGAAACCUGCUAAUUGUCCCCCAUUUGAAACUGUUCUCUCCCGAGUAUAAUGGUAAUAUAGGAAUGUCAUACCAGGUUCUCGUAGCCCCUGCUUACACACUCUUACUUCAGGUGGCAUGUUAGGGGGCUGUCUGAGCUGGCGGUGUAUCUGCACAGGUUUUAAUCGGUUCCCUCGUAGCCCCUCUCAGCUUUAACGCAGCACAGUCCUGACAGCGGUCUGAAUGGCACCAAGGUGAGAUGGAUGGCUCUGACCGACCUGCUAGCUCACUACGGAAGCUGCUGUUGCCCCCUAUCCUGAAAAAGUUAAAUAGUAAGUACUUCCUAUACUUUUGGUGUUUUCAGUCUGUAUCCUGGGGAUUCUGGAAAAGUACUGGAACACUGCGGGGUUUCUCAUUUGCUGCUCUCAACAGCUGAAACAUCUCACAGUCUGUGAAUCCACUAGAGGACAAAUAAGGAGCUGCUUAACAUUUCGUACUUAAAGCAGAUAGGAUGAAUACUAUUUCUCUUUGUUUUCCCUUUGCAGUUUAUGCAAGUUAAUAUGCAACAUACUCUUAUCACAUAUAUUACGAUUCGGUAUUCUGAGACAAAUGGAAAAUGAAUGAGAUUCCAUAUCCAGAGGAAGUAUAACGAAUUCAGGGAACGCUUCACAUUCAAGUAUCUCAACCAUUUGCAUACUGUGAGAAAAAACUUGGAACAGAUGCUUUUGGGGCUCUGGAAAACAACAUUCUUGCGUAAGGCCAGGUCCUAGCAGUGCGUGCGCACCCCGCUGCAUGGCAGUGUGCUGUAUGUCCUCUUUGCUGUAGUUUUGAGGAUUAAUGCUCAAACGCCAUUACCAGUGGUCACGUUAGUCUCAAUAUGAGUUUACCUAAUUGGAUGGAAUACGCAAGCGUUUCUGCCUUUUGUAUGCGAUAGAGCCGCCGCCGAGUUGUGUUGUCUUUGUCGAGCUUUGGUACAGAAUGUGAGAUGCCUGAAUGAUGACUCCUUCGUUCCACCUACGUCUAAAUUCUCAUGUAGUAAAAUCAAGUUGCCACAAUUCACAGCUACUCAAUUCAGAAUAUUAAGUAACCAGGGCUUUUUUGACCAUGCAGUAAUAUAAACUUGAUGCAGUGAUUCCUGGAAACCAAUAAAUAUCAUGUUAUGUGGAAAUGUGCAAUGAAGGGUUGAUUUUUAGAACACGUUAUAGAAUGUCAAGUCUGAAUAAAACAGCUUAUUUGCAAAGUUCAUUUACUUUGUAUCAGUUUGUACUUUUAUAACGUAGUGUAAUAAAAAGGUAACGUUGGCCAUUAUUGUAAGUAGAUUCUACGUACUUUGAUUAAAAAACCCAUUUUACUUGUUUGUGCUAUGAAUAUAAUUUUUGCAGUCUGCGGGAGUGUUUGUGGAGAAGGCACUGUGGACUGGAAUACAGUAAUAGACAGUUUGUGGAGGUGGUUGUGAAUGAGGCAAGGGUUUUUUCCAUGGUUACAUUUUUGCUAGAAAUUAAACUGGAAAAUGAAGAUGUGUAUAAUGUACAUUGCACUGAAUGAUUUGGAAUUGUAUUCAUUUGUGCUUUUUUGUUGGUUUUGCUUUCUUUUUUUAAUUGGUUCUGCCGGUGAGCUGUAACGUAUGCCUCUCAAGCUGCUGAUUCAGUAAUGUGGAUCCCAGGGCAUUAAAAGGUAAUGGGAGGAAGGAAAAAGCCAAGGAAGAGAAAAAUAGCUAGACAGAGCCUCACAACCUGGGAUGUGAUAAUUUACUGACAGGUAAAUUUUGAAUUACCCACUUUUUUAGGUGCUGGUAUAUAGAAAGCCCAGAUAUUCAUAUAAUUGGUCUUUCAUGUAGGAAGAAAUUGUCCCUGUAUGUUUUUACAAUCAAGAAGUUGAAAAGUAGGUAGAGACUUUGGAUCAAACUCAAAGUAUUCCAGAUGAGACUCUUUUAUUAAAAAAAAAAUUUUUAAAAAGCUACUGGACGCUAUCUGAAGAAAGGGACCAGUCAGUUCUGAAAAUCCUGGUGAUAUGUAAUAUUCAUAUUACAUAAAAUUCAGACGAACAAGCUUUUUCCUGUAGUUCAGAGGUCCUGAAAUUGCAAGGUAGUUGUUAUCUCAUGAAAACAUGAAUUCCAUGUUUUGCUUAUAGUAUAUGGGAACUUGGAGGCUUUUCUGUACUUCUGAAGCACUUGAGAGGUGUAAUGGAAUAGUUUCAUUGUAAAUGAAUGUGUAUUUCCAAAUUUUAUUUCUGUUUUGUUGGGGUUUUUUUUUUUUGAAACUGCUCUCCUGUUCACCAGAUUAAAAGGAAAAAUAAAAGC